GUGGAAAGCUCAUGACUUCGAAUCGCCCACUUUUGAUCUGAAAUUUCUCUUAAUUUCUUCUUAAUUUGGACCAUGAUUACUACCAGAUAGUGCCAACAUGUUUAGUUUAGGUGGUGACGAAGAUGAUCAUGAUUUCAUGUCUGGUGGUAGCAGCUCCAAGCUUGCUAACUUGUUUGGAGUAGACAAAGCUAGCGGCCAGGGCGGCAAUGAAUCAUUGAAGUAUACAGCUCCAAAACAGCCAAAGAAAGAAGCUCCCCAAGCUCAGCAGAGUGGUGGUGGACAAGCCUCUUCACUGAUGAAAGCAUGUGCUGUUCAUGCAUAUAAAUAUGUUGAUAAUCAAUAUGCAAGUCAAGGAAAAGUAGGAGCAGCUGUGUUAGGACAUCCACAAUCCAAAGAUUACAAGAUUUUACUCUACUACAGUAAAACACAGCCCCUGACCAGCGCCAAGAUAUCAGCCAACUUUAAAUUGACAGUCCAGAAAAAUAGAUAUGCAACAUUCUAUGAUGAUUCCCGCCAAAGUUGGUCCAUGUUGUUUGACACCGAUGCAGACAUUAUAGAGUUUGCCAAACAGGUGGCGCUAGGCAUAGCCAACUGCUGGACACCAGGCCAGGAGGCAUUAGUUUCCCAAGAUCUUGAUCUCGGCGAAGGGCCAGCUCUUGAAAAUGAUGACUCAGUUGAGGUCCGUUACACUGGAUGGCUCCUUCAGAAUUAUAUGUUUGGACAGGUUUUUGAUAGCAAUUUGUCUGGAGAUAAACCAUAUAGGUUUAAGAUUGGGAAAGGCAAAGUCAUUAAGGGCUGGGAUGAGGGUGUCGUUGGAAUGUGCAAAGGUGGCAAGCGUCUUCUUGUUGUCCCACCAUCCCUGGCGUAUGGAGCUCAAGGCAAGAGCAACCGCAUCCCGCCUAACUCUACCCUUAUAUUUGAGACAGAAAUCGGAAGGGUUAAGUUCUCAAGAGACCGUGAAUCACCAGAGACGAAUGCUGUCCCUCUUCCUGCCUUGCCGACUCGAGACAGCUUAGACCAACCUGAGGAGACUGUGAAAGGUCGAUCAAAAUCUAUAUCGGAACAGUUAUCACAGGCUCCGAAAAGUGACAAGGCUCGUCUUCUUUCCCGUAUGAAAAAUUUGGGUCAAGCGAUCAUUCCGUCUGCUCAGUCACAGUCACAUGAUGGAGAUGAUGAGGCAACAGAUGCUUCAGCAGAGGAGUCACCUGAGUCACCUCAAGUGAUGGAAUCCCGCCCACAUGUCAAACCAGCCCUGCCGAACAAACCUGUGAUACACCAACAACAGACCAUGCCGGUACAAAUGAAUCCCAUGAUGCAACAGCCCAUGACGACGCAGCAACAGAUCGCCGAGAAUAUGAUGACUCAGCAGGCGAUGCUGCAAAAUAUGCAUGGGGUGCAGGCCCAGACGUCGCAGUUGGCGCUGUUUCAGCCGAUGCAGCAGGGUUUCCAGCAGCCUGUGUACGGCCAGCAGCCACCACAGUAUAAUCAAGCAUUUCCUCAGCAACAGAUGCAGCAAGCCCCUGCCCCAGUACCAGUGCAACCCCCACCUCCUGCCGCAACACCACCACAGUCUCAGUCAGAUGCAAAUCUUCCGGUGUUUUUCUCUGAGGCUCGCCAACAAAGCACAGAAGUGCGCCUCUCCAUAGGCAAAGUGUCGGACAAAAUAGAUAGGAUUAUGGAAAAGAUGGACUCUAUGCAGAAUGCUGGUAACUUGAAUGCCCAGCAGUUGGCGCUACAUUCCUCGAUGCCAAAUAUGGAGGCUGGGAUGCUGAUGCAGAAUAUCCAACGCCUCGUCCAAGACAACGAUCGACUGAAGAAAGAUUUAUUCGAGAAAAGUCAAAAGAUUGAGAGCCAGAAUGAAAAAAUAGCAGAACUUCUCACUAGGAAUCAGACGGAUGUUGAAAAGCGUAAUACAUUUAUAGAAGAGAGGAACGAUGCGUUCAAAUCCACAGCUACACAAUCCCAGGCAAGGGUUCUACAACUUGAACAGGAGAAAGUACGAUUAACAAGCAACUUGAGUGAAAGGACUAGUCAAAUCAGUACACUGCAGUUGGAGAAAGGAGAAUUGAAGCGGACAACGAUAGAAUUACAACAGAAAUUAGACAAUGCUUUAAGUGAGCGACAGGGAAAGGGGGAUGAGAUGUCAAAGUUAAGAGCUCAGCUGGCCGAAUUUGAAGAUCAAUUAACAGACGUCAAGCGAUUACACAAAGAGGAGAAACUUAGUCGUAAAGCCGCUGAAUCUAAAAUCGAUGGCGUCAAAGAAGAACUUUCAGACAUGAAAACGUCCAAUGAACUGCUAACGAAAAAUCUAAGCGAACGCAAGAAAAAGGCUUUGACGGAAAAAAGACGCUUUGAGGAGGAGGUCGAGGAUUUGAAAUCGCAGCAUGAAGAAGAGUUGUCGCACUUGAGGGAGAAGCUGCGUAAGGUUAAGAUGUCAACAACGUCUAAUACUAGCGAAAAGCUUAGCCAAAUAGAAGAAGAAUUAAACUCAGAAUGGCAGGCAAAAUAUGACAAAAUGCUGGCAACAACACAAGAAAAACAUGCUCGGGCGAUGCUGGAUGUUCAAGAGGAGAGACAACAGUUGGAGAACAGAUUAGUGGAAAUGGAGGAAAAGUUCACUAGUGCCAAGUCUCAGCAUGGCCACAGCAACCAGCAACUAUCCAAUCUCCAAGAACAGCUGGAAGAGAUGGGAGUAUGGAAACUAAAGCAUGAAAAAUUACAAGGUCAGGCCACGACAAUGAAAGGAAAGUAUGAAGACAGGAUCACAGAACUUACAGACGAAAAUGAAGAAUUGACUGAGAAAAUGGCCACCCUGCGGAAACGGUAUGAGGAACGUAUUACUCAGAUAAUCCAGGAACGCGAUGAGGCCAUUGAGAAAGCGAGUAUAUCCGUUCAAAGGCCGCCUCUAGAGGAAGCUGCAGUGGAUCGAGAGGCCAUGGUGGCGCAGGUCAAGAAGAUCAUGAAUACUGUCUUCCAUGGAUUGCGGGCCAAGUUUGAUGUGAAUACGAAGUACUUAGGGAAGGAUAUAUUGCAGGCACUGCUGAAAAUUAUAAAGGAAACCACAUUGAAACUAUCCAGUGGAGAGGAGAGUAAAGGAGACAAAGAAAGCUCCGAGGAAGAAGAAGAAUCCGAAGAGGAAUCCGAAGAAUCUGAACAGGAGGAUGAAGAAAAAGUUGAGCUUGUGGCGGAAACACCAUUGAGGGCUGCGAGUGUACGUGUAGAAAGCCGAACACAGCAAGAAGCCAGUCAAAGCCCAGUAAAAUCCGCUGGAGAUUCUUUUGCGCAAGACAGCGUGUCGGAACCGAUAAAAUCUAUUCAAUCGGAGAGUGAUGAUGACUUUUCAUCAGAUGAGGAGGAACCUCAGCCUGUCGUUAAUGAAGUCGUUAGCGACCACAAGGUGGCAGAACCAGUCUCUCCUACUGUUGAUGUUGUCCAGGAGGAGGCAGCACCAGUGCCUGAUGAUGUCAGUUCAAGCAAAGAGGUGGCAGCAUCCGGUGAUGUGGUGAUGUCAGAGGAUAUGACCCCCGUGACUGAUAUUGAUACAUUCCAAGAUGUGAGUGAUUCCAAAGAUGUAAUGGCAGUAAAUGGUGAAGUGACAGAAACUAGCGAUGAGGAACUAUAUACUUCAGGAUCAGAAGCGAGGUUGGAGGGCACAAAAAGUCCUGAUGAUGCUUUUGUUGAUGCCAGUAGUGCGUCUCCGGUGGUCGAUGAGAAGUCUCCUGUGGGCAGUCUGGUGGAGAAAGUGGAUGUUGAUGAAAAAGAUGUGUUAGAAGUCGACCUUCCAACAAUAGACGUUAUAGCUUCCUCUAGUGAAGGUGAUGCAAAUCCUUCUGAAACAGAGACGUCCCUCGGUACGGGAGAACCACAACAGUUAACAGAAGAGCCAAAGAAAGACACCCUUGAUCCUUCCAAGGAUGUGUCAGAGUUGGAGAGUUCAAUGGAGUUUGAGGAUUCUAGUCGAGUGCCACCUCCUGUUGAUGAUCACAAGCCCUUGUUUGGUGCUGACAGCGAUGAUGAGGCAGAUCCAUUUGGUAUUGGGUUUGCCGUGAAGAAGGAGACGCCGGUCGUCGAUAUCAAGCGAGAUCGGAGCAGCAGUAAAACUAAAACGGUGAAAGAGAAGAUUGAAGAGGACAAGAAUGACACUGAAGAUGAGGAUGUAAAACCACAGCCUCCACCCCCUCCACUCUUUGGAGAUGACGACGACGAUGAUGACCUUGACUGGUUCAAAUCGAAAUAAUCAAGGUCAGAAGUUGAAUCAAUUAUGGGCCAAAGACACGGAGCAUAUCGCAUGAAGUGAACUUUUGAAUUGAAUGUGAUAUUCGUAGGAAAUAUAUUCAAAAAUUGACAAUUGUCAUCAAUGACAGAGAUUAUGGAUUGAUUUUCAGGCAAAAUAUGAAAAUACUUUGUUUAGCUGUCCAAGUUCAGAGUCAUGAGGAGACUCAGUGCCAUUGUUUUACCAUUUAAAAAUGGGUGAUCUUUUGUAACUUAAUGACCUACCUUGUACCUGUCUGUAGUCUCCCUAAAACCAUUUUGUGCUUCUUAAUUACAUGAUAUUCACUCAAGACUCCUUUGAAAUGUUUGUAUAUUUUCUAAUGUAUGUGAUAAUAGCUUGACCAAUUGUGCCUCUUCUCUCAUCCUUUAACCAUGUGCUUGAGCUACAGGUUUUAACAUGAGUAUCAAAGGUAUAAAUCUCCCUGAUACAAACCCAGACUUGAAGCUAGAAGCUCGAGUGUAACCUAUAUUUCGUUUUGUAUGAAUAGCAAGCUGUGAGGCGCAUCUUAAAAGUAAUGGAGUAGUCAAGUACAGAAAAAAGAGCAUGCCAGGGUAUCACCUUUGUAUAGUUCCUGUGUCAAAGUCUGUUAGGCUGCUUCCUGUUACUUACAGGCCUGUAGCUAGCUUUUUGCUCAUGGGGGGGGGGGGGGCAAGUACCAUAGGUCUGAACAAUCUGCUUUAAAAACACCUCUUUUGUGACCCUUGGGAGACAUUAGCCCCCCUACCCCUCUAGUCCCUGAUUUUCAAAGACGUUCUACCACAUACCUGUGUACAUUGUUUGACGUAACCUUGUGCUGCCCACAUCACUGUUAUCAGACAUUUCUGAUGGUUGUCUUACUACGUUUCGUUUUGAAGUAUUUUAACAAAAUUAUUACAUCAUGAUACCUACAUGUAGCUAUGAGAAUAUUAUUAUGUUAAACAUCAUCUUAAAAAUCAGUAGUCGUGGUUGCUGUUACCUAUAUGGACAAGUAUAAUUUUUGUAAAUAGCUGAGAAUACCAAGGUCAAUUCUGCUUGAAAUAAAUCUGUGAUUCUUUCACUAGAAACAA